AUGGGUUCUGGUUGCAGAUGGUUAUAUCAGAAGGCCAAAGAAGAUCUUUCCUUAAUUAUCUUUAAAAUCACAGUUAACCAUCAUGUACCAACUUUAUAUGAUUUAUAUAUAAUUUGCCAAAUUUCUCAACCCCAACAAAGGGCAAAUACUAAUAGAAGAAAAUCGAAUUUCAGUGGUUUCGAGGAUAUGUCUGAUUGGUUUAAAGAACGUAAUCCAGAAAAGCAUCGACAAAAUGCCGAAAAAUGGCAUCAAUGUAAAUCUAAUGAUGAAAGAAAACAACAUGUUUCUGCUACUU